GAUUUGUGUUCUUUCCAUUGAGGCCCGUGACUGUGGUGGGCGUGGCUAUGCAAAGUCAAGCCUCUCCACAUCGCUGAUUCAAAAGGAAUAGAGGUCCCGUCACAGAUCAGAGAGAGUCAAUUCAGCUUUUGAGCUGUGAAAGUAAUGAGUCACUCAUCAGUCUCAACAAAGACGCCAAUCAAUACUGUGGAGUUUAAAAAGUUUUCCUGAAGACGUUUCUUCUUGGCUUUAAUUGUUGGACAUGCCACCUCAAAUGGAUUACUUUUACCACGAGUCAAGAGUUCCGUCCGUGUGCUUAGAGCAGGACGACGCGCUGGAGCCAGCGAUCAGCUGUAUGCUGGUUGGGGAUGGUGCGGUUGGGAAGACUAGUAUGAUUGUCAGCUACACCACCAAUGGAUACCCCACGGAUUACAAACAGACGGCUUUUGACGUCUUCUCGGGACAAGUUCAGGUAGAUGGGACCCCUGUGCGGAUUCAGUUGAUGGAUACGGCUGGCCAGGAAGAAUUUGAUGAAUUCAGAUCUCUGUCUUAUGCACACACGGAUGUCUUCCUCCUCUGCUUCAGUGUGGUUAACCCCACAUCAUUCCAGAACAUUACCAAGAAAUGGAUCCCUGAGAUUCGUGCGUGUAACCCAUCCUCCCCCAUCAUUUUAGUUGGAACACAGUCAGACCUUCUGUUGGACGUUAAUGUUCUCAUAGACUUGGACAGAUACAAGGUCAAACCCGUGUUCAGCUCACGGGCACGGAGCCUCGCUGAGAAGAUCAGGGCCGCCGAGUAUGUGGAGUGUUCGGCCCUGACCCAGAAGAACCUAAAAGAGGCCUUCGACGCGGCAAUAUUCGCGGCUAUUAAACACAAGGCCAGGAAGGUCAAAAAACGGAGGCUGUCAGACAGACGAGCUAAAGCUUUUUCCAAAUGCAGCUGGAAGAAGUUCUUCUGCUUCAUCUGACCCUGUGGGUCAAAAUGUGUGAACUGUUUACACGAGAUAUUAACUUAUUUUGGACAAUGUGUUUACUUAUGGUCAUUUAGCUUUAUUUUAUGGGCGGAGUUGUUUGAUCUUUGGGGAACUUCCCAGGAACGUUUGAGUUGAGUGACAUGUGAGAGCUGUCGCGUUGCUCAACAAACCGUUUAAGGAACGUUUUAAUCAUACAACCUGUAUAAGUAAUACAUGUUGUAAGAUUUAUAGACCCAUUAUGAAGAAAGAUUAGAGAAAACUACUCCUUAAAUCAUUUAUUGUUCACAAAGAGCACCCACCAUAUGUAAAUGAAUGAAUUUGCAUGAGCUGGUUAGCUGCCUAUUCAAAGCUUGAAUGGCGCUCACGUGGAUGUGUCUCUGAUGGUCGAGGGGACAAGAGCGGGUAUCUGUCUUAUCUCUUUUGUGUCAGGCACUACUUAGACAGACUCUUUCAUAUGCAAGAGCCUGAACUAAAGCUGAUGUGUGAGUUGUCUCCCUCUUUAGGUGCUUGUGACCAUAUAAAUCCAACAUCACCCUUACAAUGAUUCAGUCUGUCCUCCUGAUAAAUCUUAGCUGGCGAUUGUCUUGCAAAUUGGCAAGAUAAGAUUAUUAGGCUUGUGUGAAAAAAAUGGUUUCCUGCAUCCGGGGAAAAUUUGGCAGGGUUGUUCCUGGUUUCCUAAGACAGGUUUAGCGUCCUCUCUUGUGUGAAUGUAUUGUGAGAACGCACACACAGAUGAAAGUAUAGCAGCCCAGCCCAUUUUGUGGAGCCGUAGCUCGGUUAUGUUUAUUUUUUUUAAUAUUUUACUGACAGCAUGUACUUCUCACAGAGUAAACAGUGCUGUCUUUGUUAUAAAUGUGCUUCUUGUGGAAGAUAUCUUUUUUUUAAAUGCUGUUUGUUUUUAACAGUUCUGUUUUAACAGUUUUAACUGUUCUGUUUUGAUGCCUCAGGCAAGAAGGAUGUACCGCUUUCAACAUUUUAUCUGUCUGCCUUCACUAUUGUUUUGCCUUUUGAUCAAAUUCAAGCAGCACUUUUAAACAGCUUCUCCUUCAGUGUUUUUUUGCAUUAUCUGGAAAUAAAUUUAAAGGGCAAAAUACAUUUCCAAUGCUGUUUUUACAAUGCAACUAUCCAAGUCCUUUGUUUUUAUCCUGCUUUAAGUGUUAUAUGUGAAAGUUGUUUAUUUACAUAAUCUUAAAAUGUUCCUCUUAAAUAUCAAAUAAAUGAACAACAUGAUGAAAUUGGA